AUGGAUUAUGGGAUGCGUUAUUACGGGCUGGUGAAGAAAUUUGUGGAGGUUAUUCUUAUUUUUAUGGGAUGUAAUUUGGUAUCGGUAUCAGCUGCGAGUUUGACUCCCGGAACAAAGUUCCCUAACCCUUCAAUCACCACGGUGCGACUGGAAACCUUUACCAGGUAUCAAACAAGAGGCGUACUUGCACGGGAUCAUCAGUGUGUUAUCCUGCCAUCAACAGAUGAGAAGAGCCUUUAUUCCUGGCACGGCAAGCCGGCGGCCGACGUCCCUGUACACUCCAGACGAGGUUAUUUUAAUUAUGAGCCGCAAGAAAACGGGGAUUACGCUAUGAAUUUGAUGAUUGUAACAUCGCAACGGAGUGCUCACUUCUCAGACAUCACCUAUGAUACCUAUGAAUACAUGUCGAUAUGCGACAGACAACAUCCGUUACCGCACGUCAUACUCGUAAACAUGAGCAUUAUUACCACGGUUGGCGUUCAUGUACAAAAAUCUCGAUUGCCCAAGGUUAUGGAUACGUCGGCCUGA